AUGCGCCACGUGCUGAACAAGGAGCAAUUAUUGAUGGUUAAGCAGGCUGCAAUUGCCUGGGCAGCAGCGGAACCCCUUUCAGUCGAGAAUGUCGAAGUCGCACCACCAAAAGCUCAUGAAGUCCGCAUCAAGAUCCUGCACACUGGAGUUUGCCAUACUGAUGCCUACACGCUUUCCGGCAAGGAUCCCGAGGGCGCUUUCCCGGUGAUUCUGGGCCACGAGGGUGCCGGUAUUGUUGAAUCGGUUGGUGAAGGUGUUACCAACGUCAAAGUCGGCGACUAUGUGAUCGCUCUCUAUACACCGGAGUGCGGAGAAUGCAAAUUUUGCCGGUCCGGGAAGACGAAUCUGUGCGGUAAGAUCCGGGCCACGCAAGGCCGCGGCGUCAUGCCCGAUGGCACGACCCGUUUCAAAGCCCGCGGAAAAGAUCUCCUCCAUUUUAUGGGCUGCUCGACCUUUUCCGAAUACACUGUUGUCGCCGAUAUUUCAGUUGUAGCGGUCACUCCUUCCUGUCCGACGGACCGUUCUUGUCUUCUCGGGUGCGGUAUUACGACCGGUUACGGUGCUGCGACGGUUACUGCUAAUAUUACGGAGGGAUCUAAUGUCGCAGUUUUUGGAGCUGGCUGUGUCGGUCUAUCGAUUGUGCAGGGCGCGGUGAAGAAGAAGGCCGGAAAGAUUAUUGUGGUUGAUAUUAAUGAUGGAAAGGAAGCAUGGGCUUACAAGUUCGGAGCGACACAUUUCCUCAACCCGGCUCGACUGAGGAAGACCGUUCAGGAUGAGCUUAUUGACAUGACUGAUGGUGGAUGUGACUACACUUUCGACUGCACGGGAAAUGUUAGUGUCAUGCGCGCUGCUCUUGAAGCUUGUCACAAGGGCUGGGGUGAGAGCAUCGUCAUCGGCGUUGCUGCUGCUGGUCAAGAGAUCACAACCAGGCCUUUCCAACUAGUUACUGGUCGUGUAUGGAGGGGAUGUGCUUUUGGAGGCGUCAAGGGUCGUUCCCAGCUUCCGGGUCUGGUGGAGGAUUAUCUGAACGGUGACUUGAAAAUUGACGAAUUUAUCACGCACCGUGAGACCUUGGCCAAUAUCAAUACCGCUUUUGAGCAGAUGAAGCAAGGGGAUUGCAUCCGAUGCGUUGUUGAUAUGGUGCAGUAUAAUGCUGUUGAAUUUUGCAAAAAAGGUAUAGUAUACCUUGUAACAUUAGACAAACACGCAAUCGAAGAAAAUCUCGGAAGGACAUCCGUACUGCGGAGUGAAAAUGGUCGUAGUCCGGGCACGGGACCGGAAAGCACAACCGGAUUGACAAUCUCAAAAAUCAACAUGCCUGUCUCCCUCCACCCCCUCGUUGACAACGGUAUCACCAAAGGUGACGCCAAUUUUCCCGGUGGAAACCUCUACUGUCUCUGCCCUCAGAACAAAGUCACAGUCGCCAUCAAGGGCAACGUCGCCCACAACCACGCCUGCGGAUGUUCUAAGUGCUGGAAGCCCGCCGGUGCUCUCUUCUCCGUCGUUGGUGUAGUCCCCAAGGAGAACCUCUCCGUGGCUGCCAACGCAGACAAGCUCGAGAUUCUCGACAAGGCAGCCGCCAUUCAGCGCUACGCCUGCAAGGAAUGCGGCACUCAUUUGUUCGGCCGCAUUGAGAUUGACCACCCCUUCAAGGGACUGGACUUUGUCCACGCCGAGCUUUCCGAUAAGAAGGGAUGGCAGGAGCCGCAGUUCGCUGGUUUCGUGUCCUCUAUCAUUGAGCAGGGCUUCCACCCUAACGGAAUGGACGAAGUUCGCUCUAAGUUCCAGUCGCUCGGCUUGCAGACGUACGAUACCUUGUCCCCGCCUCUGAUGGAUCUUAUUGCUACUUACACCGGCAAGAAGAAUGGGAAGCUGUCUGCUAACCUGUGA